GCGACUAGCGCCGUGGUGGUGCGAUGAGGAGUACGCGUGUGAUGGCAUGACAGUAGCGUAAAAAUGGCGGUGUGAAAUGGCAGGACGACGGUCGGUAUUGACAAAUCCCGAGUCCCUAGCAGGAUCAGGGACUGCGGCGGAUCCUUUGAGAGAACUUUUUGAGGCUUGUAAGACGGGUGAUCUUGUUCGUGUUAAAAAAUUGGUCAGCCCCAAAACGGUCAACGCGAGAGAUACCGCGGGACGCAAGUCCACCCCCCUGCAUUUCGCAGCUGGAUACGGCAGGCGGGAGGUAGUGGAAUAUUUACUGUCGGCGGGAGCUUCGAUACAAGCAAGAGACGACGGAGGUCUUCAUCCGCUGCAUAACGCAUGUUCUUUUGGACAUUCGGACGUAGUCAGACUCCUCCUGGAAGCUGGGGCAAACCCCAAUACUCGCGACAAUUGGAACUACACCCCGCUUCAUGAAGCUGCAAUAAAAGGCAAGAUCGACGUGUGCAUAGCUCUUCUUCAGCACGGCGCUGAUCCUAACAUCAGGAAUACAGAAGGUAAAACAGCCCUGGAACUGGCAGACUCCAUCACUAAACCGGUCCUCACGGGAGAAUACAGGAAGGAUGAGCUCUUGGAAGCUGCUCGAUCGGGCAACGAAGAGAGGCUCCUCCAAUUGCUGAAUCCUCUCAACGUUAACUGCCACGCUAGCGACGGGCGGAGAUCCACACCUUUGCAUCUGGCAGCGGGUUACAAUCGUUCCAGGGUUGUCCAGAUAUUGCUACAGAACGGGGCGGAUGUACACGCAAAGGACAAAGGGGGCCUCGUACCGCUUCACAACGCUUGCUCUUACGGACAUUUUGAGGUGACGGAAGCGCUGUUGAAGCACGGUGCUGCGGUAAAUGCAAGCGAUCUAUGGGCUUUCACACCUCUCCACGAGGGUGCUAGUAAAUCGCGAGCCGAGGUCUGCUCGCUCUUGCUCAGCGAGGGAGCUGAUCCAACACAACUCAACUGCCACAGUAAGAGCGCGAUCGACGUAGCACCGAGUCUCGAGCUCCAGGAACGUCUAGCCUACGAAUACAAGGGACACUGCCUUUUGGACGCUUGCAGGCAGGCGGAUCCGACAAAAUUGAAAAAAUUCCUUUCUCAAGAGGUGGUUAACUUCAAACAUCCAUAUACGGGAGACACGGCGCUUCAUUGUGCGGUCGCUUCCCCCUAUCCCAAGAGGAAGCAAGUAAUCGAAGCUCUGGUACGUAAAAACGCGAGCCUCAACGAGAAAAACAAAGACUUUUUGACGCCUCUUCACGUGGCGAGCGAUCAUUCCUAUUACGACGCUAUGGACCUUCUUCUGAGACACGGAGCGAAGGUCAACGCUCUCGACGGACUUGGACAGACGGCGUUACACAGAUGCGCCCGAGAGGACAACGUUCAGGCCUGCAGAAUAUUACUCUCGUACAGCGUCGAUCCAUCGAUCGUUUCUCUCCAAGGAUACACGGCUGCCCAAGUUGCCACGGAGAACGUCCUCAAAAUAUUACAGGACCCACCGGUUGGUACGGAGGAUGCAGAGGUGCAGCUUCUAGAUGCUAGCAAAUCGGGCGAUUUGACCGCUGUCGAAAGAAUCCUUCAGGCAAAUCCGCAUGCCGUCAAUUGUCGGGAUUUGGAUGGCAGGCAUUCGACACCCCUCCAUUUUGCAGCGGGUUACAACCGCGUCCCUGUUGUCGAGUACCUAUUGGCCCACGGAGCUGAUGUUCACGCCAAGGACAAAGGGGGUCUGGUGCCUCUACAUAACGCGUGCUCCUACGGACAUUACGAGGUAACGGAACUCUUGGUGAAGCACGGUGCUUCCGUUAACGUGGCAGAUCUAUGGAAAUUCACGCCUCUCCACGAAGCUGCGGCGAAAGGAAAAUGCGAGAUAGUCAGACUGCUGCUCAGACACGGAGCGGACGCAACAAAAAAAAAUCGUGACGGCGCGACGCCUCUCGAUCUCGUCAGAGAGAGCGACCAGGACGUUGCCGAUUUACUACGAGGCAACAGUGCCCUCCUCGAUGCUGCGAAAAAGGGAAAUUUGGCUCGAGUCCAAAGACUCGUUACGCAGGACAAUAUUAAUUGUAGAGACGCUCAGGGUCGGAAUAGCACACCGCUCCAUCUAGCCGCGGGUUACAACAAUCUUGAAGUGGCGGAGUUUCUCCUGGAAAGAGGGGCGGACGUGAAUGCCCAGGACAAGGGAGGUCUUAUACCGCUUCACAACGCUUCGAGCUACGGACAUCUCGAUAUAGCGGCUCUCCUCAUUAAAUAUAACACUGUCGUCAAUGCCACGGACAAAUGGGGCUUCACGCCGUUGCACGAGGCCGCCCAGAAGGGACGAACACAACUGUGCGCUCUCUUGCUCGCUCACGGGGCUGAUCCUUUCCUCAAGAAUCAGGAAGGCCAAAGUCCGGUGGACCUCGCCAGUGCCGACGACGUCCGAUGUUUGUUGCAAGAUGCAAUGGCCUCUCAACAAGUCGUACCAUCCCUCUUACCUGUAAAUAACAGCAGCGGUACAGGUCACGUAAUCGUCGGUAUUAAUACCAUUAAUGGUGCCAACAACAACAGCAUGAGCACGAGUAGCAUCACCAACAACAUGAGCAGUCGUCCACCCAGCAUAGUAGCGGUUCCCGUCACACCGCCACCUUCUUUGACCCAAGAGACUGUUAUCAUGCCGUCCGGAGCUGCGAUGACUCUCUGCGUUCCGCUCGCUCGUCCGACCAGUUGUUUGAGUCCCAUGCCAGCGGCGACGACGGCGAUGGCUACAGCCGCAUCAACAACGCUAACGACUACUAUGACGACGACGACGACGACGACGACGAUGACAACGGAAAUGUGUUCCGAACGCGAGAUCAAAGACGGAUGCGACGAUCGUAAUUGCGCCAAUAUUACAAACGUCGCAACUUUCCUACAGAGUCUCGGACUCGAACAUCUGCUUGAAUUGUUGGAACGUGAACAAAUAACCCUCGAUAUACUGGCCGAAAUGGGCCACGAAGAUCUCAAACAGGUUGGGGUUUCGGCAUACGGUUAUCGUCACAAACUCAUCAAAGGGAUGGACAAGCUAUUGAGCUCCGCCGCCGGAUCGAUAUGGCAACCUUCCGUAAACCCGGGAACGCUCCUCGUCGACCUGCUCAGCGAAGACAAGGAAUUUCUGGCGGUCGAGGAAGAAAUGCAGAGCACGAUAAGGGAGCACCGAGACAAUGGACAUUCGGGUGGAAUAUUUGGACGUUACAACAUCGUAAGGAUACAAAAAGUCCAAAAUCGAAAACUAUGGGAGCGUUACGCGCAUCGACGGCAAGAAGUAGCGGAAGAGGUCGCAGCGGCCGGUCCAGCUUCGCCGAGUAACGUUCCCAGAACGAAUUCGAGUCCCACAUCACCUCAAGCGAAUGAAAGAAUGCUGUUCCAUGGUAGUUCCUUCAUAAACGCGAUCGUUCAGAAGGGUUUCGACGAGAGACACGCUUACAUAGGCGGUAUGUUUGGAGCAGGCAUUUAUUUCGCCGAGCACAGCAGCAAGAGCAAUCAGUACGUUUACGGGAUCUGCGGUGGAACCGGAUGUCCGACCCACAAGGAUAGAAGUUGCUACAUAUGUCACCGGCAUUUAUUACUGUGCCGGGUAACCCUCGGCAAGUCUUUCCUUCAAUUUUCGGCAAUGAAAAUGGCUCAUGCCCCACCGGGUCAUCACAGCGUGAUGGGUAGACCCUCGCAGGGCGGCCUCGUAUUUCCGGAAUACGUUGUUUAUCGGGGCGAACAGGCGUAUCCGGAAUAUCUGAUAACGUAUCAGAUCGUCAGACCGCAACAGGAGACCGGCAAUGGCGGUGGCGGCAGCGGCUCCGGUGGUAGCAUGGGGGGCGAAGGAGCCGAAGAACGGUGAUCGGAAGAACCGAGCCCUGCGGCUGGAUUCCGUCGUCUCUGCUGUUGUCAGAGACCGAGAGCCUGCAGUGCUCUGUCCUAAUUGACGCGCUUCGAUCUCAUAUUCCCAUUUCGGGUCGUUCGUGAUUCCCGCCCUCGAAGGGCUCGAGGUUUUUAUUCACCGCCUCGUUAACGAAUCUCGUCACCUCUUUAUCGACGUCAAAAUAUUUUAUUUUCUAUCCUUCAACGAUAUCAACUCUUCUCUACCCACCUUCCUCCAUAAAGAUUAAGGGCGAAAUAUAAUUCGCUGGGAUAGACAGUGUAUAUUGAGGCGCGAACGAGUCGUCAACCAAGAAGAAAAGAAAAAACGGGAGUUCGAUGGAAGGAUAGAAACGACGGCACUCUUCGCUAUCAUCGACUCGCACCGUUUAGUAUUUACAUUAUUAUAGGUGACGGUGGUUUCUAUUUAUAUGGGUAUCAAUGAGCUUGAUGUAUCUCCAUCGAGUUGACCGACGAGCGAUGUUUGUAUUAUAUGAACGACCGAGCUAUCGCCCGGACGCGUAAUAUCGUACGUUGCAGUGAAUUACUCCCGGGGCUCGAGCUAUUUUUUUUCUUUUCGACUAUGCUUGCGAAACAUCGCGCAGCUCUCGAUACCUCGGGAAUUCAUUCGACAGGAGUCGUAAAUUUUUUCUAAUGCUUGUAAGAAUAAUAAAAAAGAGAAAAAACAGCAAA